AUGUCAAAGAACAAGAGCUUGGAAAUCAUCCACGGACAUCUGCAGCCACGCAAUGCUUUUGGUGCUGACAACGGGACAGCACAACAGCUGUCUCAGAUCACCAAGACAAGCUCUCUCCGGCCUGGGUGGAGAAGUGAUGAGUCCCAGGCUGCCGUCCAGCCAACCGGCUAUAGACGUCAGAGCCUGCUGUUUAAGCACAAAGCACACGAGGAGGAGAGGGCUUCCCUUGAGAUCUGUGCAUCUGGUGAUGGAAAGAUGGACUCCACCCUGCUGGACAACACAUUAGCGAUUAUUAGAGUGAUUGCAAGCCCUUUUGAGAAAACAAUGAUUCCGGUCAGAUUUUUUGUUGUAUUGGUGGAAGAAAAACAUCCACCGUCGCGGUUAGGUGGAGUCACGUACUAUCCCUCUUCCAGAACUCUGUUUGUGAUUGCCGUCGGAGCUUCCAGAUGUUGUCAAGGACAGGAUACAGAAAGUGUAUCUUCACAAUCAGUUGGAUCAGCAACAGAUCCAACAAAGGCAGCAGAUGUAUCGGGAACAGAACCGACAGCAACUUCAGAAUUAACAUCACAGUCAAAUGAUCCAGAUGCCUCAAACCAAGGAAGUGUUGAAAAUAUUACUAUCAGUGGUACGGCCCAACAAGAAAAUGUGAACUCCACCCCAGUGUAUUCCACCCCAGAAUCGAAAAACAACAACGCUGCCGACAGCAAAGAUGACAGUGGGGUUACAUCCUCAACAGACCUCACCAGAUCAGAAACCUCCAUCAAAGAAACAGUAAAUCUUCGCAUCAAUGGCGAUCAGAAGUUAAGCAAAGACUCUGUAUCUUCAGAUUCUACAACUGAAGGCGACAACAAUACCACCUCCGGGGGGUCAUCUUCUGCUGUUUUUGUAUCUGUGCUGGUGACCGGCUUACUGCUUGCUGCCAUAAUAGUCGGCAUUUACUACUUCAAAUGUCAUCGCCGAACCAACGGUAAAGGCAUGAAACUGGCUGAGGAGUCAUACAUGGCCGAUGAGGAGAACCAAGGCAAUACUCUGGUAUCGGUGGCCCCACUAAACCAACCUGAGCCCCAGGAGAAACCCAGUCUUAACGGAGAGUCACAAGAGGCAGUGAAGCCCCAGACUCCUGCCGCCACCAACGGCCACUCCACCACCAAGACGGCAGACACUGAGCUGUGAAUAAGCGGUCCUGCCACCUUAGGGUCUGGGUGAAACACUCACUCCCUACUCCUUACAUCCAAAACAAUCUACUACAUACUGACCUUGGCUAUCAAGGGUUAACAAAGACUCAAAUUCUCACAAUGAAUGUAAAUACGUUGCAAAAUGUUCCAUUUAAAGUCAUAUGAAACAAUAGGCAAGACUAAAAUAUGGGAUAUAACUAUAUAGGAUGAAAAUGGGAUGAAAUAAUUGGUCAAUAACCUGCUCCCGAAGCGUAAAUGCUUUAAUGAUCUAUGAAAAGGUUGUUAUGCUUUAAAAAUAACACAAUUUUGAGGUAAUUAGUAUAGCUUUUGGAUUUAGUGGCUAAUUCGUAUUCAUUUGUACAUUUUAGUACCAUGUGCUUAUCCCCCAAUGAGGGGUAGGGUUUGGUGCCAAGCCUCCCUUUAAAAAUAGAAUUAAAUCGUAUGAAUUACUAUGAAUUAGCCACUUUUUUGGCGUAAAAUAGUUCCAUUUCAUAAUGAGAUUGGAUUGGUUAUAAAUGAAGCAGUAAAAUGGCAGUUAUAACAGUGAUGAUGCAUGAUAUUAUAGAAAUUCAAUCAAAACAUGAUGCAAAAAAAAAAGGUAUUAGCCCCAUGAUGCAACCCUUAAGUUUAAUGGGGUGGGGAACUUUUCCCAUGAGUCAUUGCUGGUUUUCAUAAGAGCAACCCGGGCUGGAACAAAACGUCGGGAGGAUCCCUACUCCAGUCUCAGUGCUCCACAGCUUCCAGCUGGGUGUUAAUCGCAUCACAUCACACUAGAAAGAAACAUUCGGAAUCCAAUAGACACGAGUUGUGUUUUUGUUUGCUAUGGGUUGUUUGUGUGUUGCUAGACUGUAUGGCGUGUUCUAUAUGUUCGUGUUUGUGUACAGUAUGAUUUGACUAGUUUAUAGUCUUGUAUAAUUUUGUUAAUAUCACUGCAUGACAAAGUAAUGAUUUCUGGAGAUAGAAAAACAAAAUCAGUUUGAGUGUCAACGUGAACUCCAUUUCAUUGCUGCGAACAACCCCUAACGUAAAAAAAUUCAACAAAUUGCUGCAAAGCCAAUAAGCGCUCAGGGUAACAGCUAAAUGUUAUCUGACAUUUCUGGAUUGAGUUACAGCUUUACCGUACUUUGUAAACCAGUAUUAUGCUCUUUUUUGUAAUAUUUGUAUUCUAGUCAUUUAGAUGUAGUGUUGAAUGACUGACUUCAUUGUUUGAAUGACCUGCCUUAAAUAUUAGAAGUUUCUUUUAGGUGGGUGUGGUUUAUUUUGUAUCUACAUUUGCUACUACACAGUACAUCAUGCUUUAGUCAAAGGAAUUACGUAACUGGGUGCAGCCGUGAAAUCAUCAACUUUAGUUUGAGUAGAUUCACUCCAAUGCAGUGAGGAACGGUGCAGACAAAAAUAGCAUUUUCUAACCAUGUUUUUUUUAAAUGGAUGGAGUUCACCCAAAAAGGAAGAUUUUGUCAUCUUUUACUCACAUUCAAGCUGUUUUUCUUCUGUUGAGCAAAAAAUAAGAUACUUAAAACAAUGGUGGUAAUCAAAUGGCUAAACUCCAAAAAAAAAUAUAUAAUAAAUUGGGUUAUAUCAACCAAAAUAUGGGUAUAAUAUGGACAUGCCCAACUGUUGGGUUAAAGUUGGUAGGGUUUGUCCAUAUUUUAUCCAAAUUUGAGUUUAAAAAAUCCAGCAUUUCAUAGUGCACCCACUGACUGGCAUACUAAACUAUUGAUAGACAUCAUGAUUUUGCUAAGUACGAUGUGUGGAUUAACAUCUAUGUUGAUUCUGGAACAUCAUUUUUGUUAAAAAAUGUAUUCCAUACCUAUUCCCUACCCCUAAACCUAACCAUAAAUGUAAAUUAUUCUUAAAAUCAGAGGACAAUAAUAGUUGGAUAACUAUCAUGCAGAAGUGCAUAAACCUAACCAAAUCCUAACCAUAAACGGUAAACAUAAUCCUUAAUUCUGAUUGGAAUGUUGUUCCAGGAUCAACACAGAUGUUAAUUCAGGAACAUGUCCUACUUGGUGAAAUCAGGUUAGGGACUAUGACUAUGGACAGUCCAAUGCCUAUGCUACAGUGAACAUUCUUCAAAUUAUUUU